UUUCCUCUCCAGAUUCCAACCUGCAAUUUGAACCAUGGCAAGCAAACCGGUGUGGGAGCAGAUAGGUGCAGGAUUUGUGCAACAUUAUUACCAACAGUUUGAUUCUGAUAGAACCAAACUCGCUGACCUCUAUGUGAGUAUGUUUUUCAUUUCAACACAUUUAGAGAUGUUUCAUGGACCAACCUUGUCAUCUGGAAACCUGGGGUGACUCUCAAAAGUAUCUUAAUUCCUUGCCUCCUCCACUUGGACUCUCGCCUUCAAAUAACUUUCGAAAACCCUACAGUUUUCAGCCAUUAGCUUCGCUCAUUUGAACUACAAUCCUGACGUUGUGUUAACAUUUAGAAACGGCAAUCAUCGCUUGCAAUACGGCUUUCGAAACAUAUGGCCCUUAUCUUUCAUCAUCGAGAAAUAAUCCUUCAAAUAAAAAAGAUACACUUACUGUUGCAGUUUUGCCAGAUCCAUACAGCUAUGGGCCCUCCAUCCGACAAAAGUACAGUUCCACUACACUUCCCGAGUUAUGCUUACACACAGGUUUUCGGAGCAUGCUAGAUAGCACAGGUAGUCUCGUCUUCUCUGUUUUCUCUAAAUACGUGCCGUAACAUGGAGAUAACCCUAUCAAUUGAACUUUAUUUUAUUUUAUUAUUUCUCGCUGAUAUGAAGGUUAAGGUCAUUAUGCUUCCAAAACCAUACCGCAAGCGACGUGCGUUAAGAUUGAGUGUACAGAAGACGCCUUCAUCAUGAUCAAGGGCUAUCCUCCAAAGUGCUUUGAGAAAGUGGCAUGGAUGGAGAGGACACAAGGAAUCGAGGAAAUACUUUUCAGAUGGACCCCUGGGGUGUAUUCAUUGGUCAGAUUCUAAAAACAAGAGUUUCUAUUGGAUAAAUUCAGGUAGGUCCCUCCCAUUCCGUUUGGUUCCUAAAGUAACGUUUUGCAACGGAAUCAGACUAAUGAAUACACUCCUGCUCAUGUUGUUCAGUGUGUAACUGAUGUGAGUUCAGUGAGAGUUCACUGUCCUAAUAAAUGACUGAUAUGUGUGUCCAGACUGAUGCGUCAUGUUUAACAUGGGAAGGAGUUGGUUUCCAGGGUCACAAAGCCAUUAUGGAGAAGAUCACUGUAAGUGACAUCUUCAUUUAAGUUUCACUUCAUCAAAGUAAUUAUAAUGCAUAGCCUAAUUAUUUUCACAUGGUACAGACAUAAUAGACCCCUUAUUUGCUCCCUUACUGCAGAGCUUACCGUUCCAGUCAAUUCAGCACAGCAUCACCGCACAGGACCACCAGCCCACGCCAGACAGCUGUGUAAUGAGCAUGGUGAUGGGACAGCUCAAGGUAGGUCAUUUCAAAAGUAGUGGAUGCAUGUCGAGAGACUUGCUGGUGUAACAGAGAGAUCAUACGAGAAACUCACCCAUAGCUUGAGAUGGCGCCAGUGAUUUGUAUCCUUUUCAGUGGCAUAACUGGUGUAUAUGUUGUCAAGUUGGCAGUCACGUGUGUUAACUGUUUGCGAGGCAGAGGAUCGUAAGUUCAAGUCAGAGGCAAGUUGAGAGAAAAAGCGAAGCUGCUAAGCUAACACAGUGACGCGGGUUACAGUGGUGCCGUGACCCAGAUUCACAGUUGCGUUUAGAUCAAAGACCCUACUUUAAGCCCAGUCAGACACAAAUUGAGGGAGGAAAUGAAGCUGCUAAGCUAGCACAGUGACGCCGGUUACCCUGGGUACAAAAAAAGUCAUGAAAUAAUAAAUUGCGGGAGCAUUCAUCGUCUUUAUUUCACCGCUAAACAUGGAAGGGGCUGUUCCUGUUUUCAUUUUAAUACCACCUAAAGACAUUUUGUUUCAAAUCAAAUUGAUGGUUCCUAUUAUGGUUAAUUUCUACUGUAUGUAAUGUUAGAUGAGCAUCAUCCUCUACAAAUAUAGUUUACUCAUAUUUUCUUUAACAGGCUGACGCGGACCAGGUGAUGGGCUUUCAACAAACGUUCCUGCUGAAGAACGUGGACAACAAAUGGAUCUGCACAAAUGAUAUGUUCAGAUUGGUACUACAUAACUUUGGAGCAUAGGAGGAAAUAGAAGGAUCACGUACCUUCCACAGAGUUAGCUUUUUAUAUUACAUUUCGACUUUACAUGUAUGUGUUAGAAUGCUUGUCAGAUUCUUUUGUCGUCAACCUGUUCUUCUGUAUUUGGAAGAAAUUAAGACAGAUGUGUUCUGCACAGUUAAAACUGCGUACUGUUGUGACAGUGGUGGUGAAUGAUGAUGUCCAGACAUGGUUCACAGGAACACAACAUAAUAAAUUAAUUCCCAAAUAUGUUCCUGGUACGAUUUGCCUUAUUCUGUUAUUAUUCAAACUAUCCC